UCUAGACAACACUGUAUAAAGAAAUCAAUCUCGCUUGUACUCUAGGCAAUACCUACUUACUAAAACAUUCUGAUAAACAAGUCCUAAAGAAUACGGACUCUAAAUGAGGAAAGUAAGAUCUCUUCUGUUUAUGAGCUUGCUCAUCUUGGGUCACAGCCAAUGUAAAAAAGGUUUGAAUCAUCAAAAUACCUCAAGCAGCGCACAAACAAAUUUAACUAUCAAGACUUUUUCCGGUAGUCCAACAACAACUAGAAAAGGUAAUCCUCCGAAUACUGAGCUUGAAAUUUUAGAUGUGAAGAAUGACACAGCAAAAUACCUUGCAGGUCCCUUAAGCACAAAAGUGAUUCCAGCAGCAUACACAGUAAUGAUUAUUGUGGGUGUGCCAUCAAACAUUAUAACAUUAUGGAUGCUCUUCAGCCAUACCAGGUCUGUGCCUACAAGGAUGCUUCACAUCAAUCUGGCCAUUUCAGACUUCUUGUUUUGCCUCAUGCUGCCAUUUAAGACAGCCUACCAUCUGAAUGGCAACAACUGGGUAUUUGGAGAAGUCAUGUGUCGAGCAAACACCAUCAUGUUUUAUGGCAACAUGUACAGUUCUGUCUUCUUCCUUAUGCUGAUUGGUAUUAGUCGCUACCUAGCCAUAGUUCAUCCCUUCACCUACAAGAGUCUACCAAAACGUUUCUAUAUCACAGCAGCAUGCAUCUUGGUGUGGCUGAUAAUUUUUUUAAGCAUGUUCCCAUUUGCCUUAACACAUCAGCAGUAUAAAAUAAAUGCUACUCAAAAAAUCACCUGCCACGAAGUACAGCUGGACACUGGGGAAAUGUCACAUUUUCAGCAUUAUUAUUUCAUUUUUUUGGCAAUUUUUGGAUUUUGGAUACCUUUUGUAGUACUCGUUUUCUGUUAUACAGCAGUAAUCAGAACACUAUACAACUAUGACCAGAAAUGGCUCUGGUACGUCAGACUCAGUAUCUUAGUCAUUGUAAUUUUUGCAAUUUGCUUCAUGCCUAGCAAUAUUCUACUCAUCAUUCACCAUAUCACAAAGUUUCAGUACAAUCAGGACAAUAUGUAUAGCAUAUACCUCAUUUCUUUAUGCCUGGGAAGUUUUAACAGCUGCCUUGAUCCAUUCAUCCAUUUCACCAUGAUCCAGCUGACAACUCAUUCCCGUUCAGAACAAAAAAUGUUUCAGCUUUCCAAAUUAGUCAGUUCAGAACAUUGAUGAAAGCAAGCACCAUGCACUGAUACUACUCUGUCCCGGGGGGGGGGGGUCAUAACAAAACACUGGGAGAAAUGAAUUAGUAUAAAUAGCCUGAACGUAAGUACUCAGUGCUGUGUACACUGCUGGUGGUGAUGAAAAGCAAGACAACACAAAAAAAAAAAAAAUCUAAUACACGAAUGACUAUGAACUGAAAAAGCAAUGUCAUAAGCUACACUACUCCACAGUUCUGAGGCCAGUGCUUCUUCUGAAGAAAGAAAAGACCUGAGCUCAAUACAAACACAUGCACAUGCGCGCGAGCGUGCGCUCGCAUACACACACAAAGCAAUGCUGCUAGUGGUUUGUAGUUAUACAAAGACUGACUUAUUUUUCAUCAACUCAGUGACAUACAACUGACACCAUGCAUUCACACUAUCAAUAAAAAGUAUAGCACUUGUACUGAGGCACUGAUGACCAAAAGGAGGGAUACUUUCAUAGUGGAUUCAAUAAUGCAUCUACAAGAUGGGCAAAAGUGUGUGAAACAAAGGCAGUGGAUGGGAAGAAAGAAUAGGGCAUGACAUAAUGAAUUUUGAGAAUUAGCUUUGUUAUGUCUAUACCCGAUAAGAAAAAAAAAAAACUCUGGUAGAACUGGUGACACAAGUGUUAAGGCUAAAACGUAUAAACUGAUGGGUAUAUCUCACAACCCUUCAACUCUCAAUUAUACUUUAUUUUGGGGAAGAGUUCCUCCUUCUGCUUUGGAAAAAAAUGUUAUUCCCCAAUGACAAGUUAUGACACACAUUUAAGGAUUUUAAACAAAAAUCAAUGCAUAAUAAUAACACCAGACACCUUGGGCCAGAUUCUAAAAAAAAGACUUGCUUUCACUAACACCAGUGAGGGAAUUAGU